AUGUUCUUUCUCUACAAUAUGGAGCGCAGGGUCACCCUGCAUCCGUCAUACUUCGGCCGCAACAUGCACGAUCUCGUCACUAGCAAGCUGCUAAAGGACGUCGAAGGCACCUGCGCCGGCAGCUACUACAUCAUCUCCAUCAUGGACACGUUCGACAUUUCCGAGGGCCGCAUCUUGCCAGGCAACGGUCUCGCAGAGUUUACGGUUGGGUACCGCGCCGUCGUGUGGCGGCCAUUCAAAGGAGAGACGGUUGAUGCCGUUGUCUACUCCAUCAAUCCACAGGGUUUCUUCGCCCAGGCUGGCCCCCUCAGACUCUUUGUGUCUGCUCAUCUGAUACCGAGCGACAUCAAAUGGGACCCCAACGCGACACCCCCUCAGUUUACCAACAACGAAGACACCGUCAUCGAGCCGGGCACGCAUGUGCGCGUCAAGAUUAUCGGCACGCGAACAGAGGUCGGCGAAAUGUGGGCCAUUGGAAGCAUCAAGGAGGACUACCUAGGAUGUCUCCAGGAUUAA